GCCGCUGCCCCCGGUGCUCCGAUCCCCACCGCCGCCGCCUCGCGCCCCACCGCUGCCGCCGCCCCACCGCCACCAUGGAGGCCAUCAAGAAGAAGAUGCAGAUGCUCAAACUGGACAAGGAGAAUGCCAUCGACCGUGCCGAGCAGGCAGAGGCUGACAAGAAGCAGGCAGAGGAUCGCUGCAAGCAGCUGGAGGAGGAACAGCAGGGCCUGCAGAAGAAGCUGAAGGGCACAGAAGAUGAGGUGGAGAAAUACUCUGAAUCUGUCAAGGAGGCCCAGGAGAAGCUGGAGCAGGCGGAGAAGAAAGCCACGGACGCUGAGGCUGAGGUGGCUUCUCUGAACCGCCGCAUCCAGCUGGUGGAGGAGGAGCUGGACCGGGCCCAGGAGCGCCUGGCCACCGCCCUGCAGAAGCUGGAAGAGGCUGAGAAGGCGGCAGAUGAGAGCGAGAGAGGCAUGAAGGUCAUUGAAAACAGGGCCAUGAAGGAUGAGGAGAAAAUGGAACUCCAGGAAAUGCAGCUGAAGGAGGCCAAGCACAUAGCGGAAGAGGCCGACCGCAAAUAUGAGGAGGUGGCCCGCAAGCUGGUGGUCCUUGAGGGAGAGCUGGAGCGCUCGGAGGAGCGGGCAGAGGUGGCGGAGAGUAAAUGUGGUGACCUAGAGGAGGAGCUGAAAAUUGUCACCAACAACUUGAAGUCUCUGGAGGCCCAGGCUGACAAGUAUUCCACCAAGGAGGACAAGUAUGAGGAGGAAAUCAAGCUUCUAGGGGAGAAACUGAAGGAGGCUGAGACCAGGGCAGAAUUUGCUGAGCGGUCUGUGGCAAAGCUGGAGAAAACCAUUGAUGACUUAGAAGACGAAGUAUAUGCACAGAAGAUGAAGUACAAAGCCAUCAGCGAGGAGCUGGACAAUGCGCUUAAUGACAUCACCUCCCUCUGAACCCCACACUGGGCACCAGCACUGCACCCCUGCCUGCCUUCCUCCCCCCCCAGCUCUGCCAUUUUGCCUGCCCGGCACCCUCUCCACUCCUACUGCCCACUCUGUCCCUACUCUGUCCCCUCUCUGUCCUUCCUGGCCCAUGGCCACUGGUCAACAGGAGUUGGCCUGGGGUAUUCAUAGCCGGUGCCACCCCUGCCCAUGGCAGGGUCUCUUCCAACCCUCUUCUUUAAGUUCUCUUCCAACCCCAGCCAUGCUGUGAUUCUAUUAAUUCUGUGUUCCCACAAGAUGAGGUGUAGGCGCUAUGGGGUGUUAAAGGGGAAGGGGUGCAUCCCCGGGACCCCACACCCCACGGGGAUGUGGGAGGAUGGAGCUAUGCCCAGGGGCCUUGUGUCCCGCAUUUCCCCCCAGCAGCACAAGCACUAGGGACUUGCCCCUCCAGCACAGCCAUCCCGGUGCUGCAUGCCAGGGGGGAUAUGGGAUGGAGGGGGGUGGUCCUGGUCCCAGGCAGACACCCCCACCACCCGCGCUCCCCUCCCUGCCUUGCCUCUGUCCUUUGCACAUUGCUUUUCAGUUUGCAUUUUGCAUUUCAUGACUUUUUCUUUUCUGUUCUGUCCCUCUGGGUUACUGAGUUGGUCUCAAUAAAGCGUUUUCUCUC